AUGGAUGACAGGCAUAAUCCCGAAAGAGCCUUCAUGAGUCUUAUUUCACAGGCUCUAGAUCUGUACAGCGAUAUACCCAGAGAAGAAUUGUCUAUUAAUGAAACGCAGCGAGAAGAAGCAACCGAAGAGCAACUUUGUAUGAUCUUUGCUCGCAUUUUACCUUUCCUUCAUGGAUGCUUUAUUGUGAUCGAGAUGAAAGAUGCAGCCCUAGCAGGACGUCUAGAAGAUGUCUUCCAUCGAACUUUCGAAAAUCCCGGCGCGAACUUCAAAGCAAUGAUAGUUAGUUACAAUAUGCGCCAGAAGGACUACCGUCAUGAGAAAGUACGGCAUGCCAUUAUGCCGGCAAUAAAGCUGCGAGGUUCACAGCCUAACUGGGAUGGCCGUUGGAACUCAUUAAAAGCACAAUUUACCUAG